AUGGCGCUCGAACCGGACCAGAGCUUUUCUGAGGAUACUCGACAUACCGCACCCGACUAUACUCAGGGGUUGCACUGGGCAGCACUGCCAGAGCGUAGUGACGACGCUGAUGUGUCGCCGGUAGGCUUUGACCUGGACAACCAGGGUGCUGCAGCGGUUGAUGUAUUUUUCAUUCAUCCAACCACCUACUACAAACCCGACUACUGGAAUCAGCCGCUGGACGAUGUCGACGCAAACACAUUUACCGACAUACAGGUCUUGCGCAAUCAGGCAAGCGUGUUCAACAGCUGUUGCAGAAUUUAUGCCCCUCGCUAUCGGCAGGCAACGUUGUACGCGUUUAUGGAUGAUGGUGAUGACGGCGACGCCGCCAUCGAUUUUGCCUAUACAGACGUGCGUAACGCUUUCGAGUACUACCUGCAGAACUACAACAACGGCCGACCGUUUAUAAUCGCCGGACACAGCCAGGGCGGCAAACAUGCGGACACCCUGCUUAAAGAAAUAAACGGCACACCGCUCAUGGAACAACUUGUCGCUGCAUAUCCGAUUGGUUUUUUCUUUGAUGGCAAAGACAGCAUACCUGUGUGCGAAUAUGCCACUCAGACAGGUUGUCAGGUCACCUGGAAUUCCGUAGCACCGGACGCGCCUACCUUUUCCGACACCAGCGAGUCAAUCUGCGUCAAUCCACUCAACUGGUCAGCCAGCGGUGAAUAUGCGGAUUUCAGUGAAAAUCAGGGGGCUGUAAGCUUUGCAGCCAACGGCGAGGUUGAGCCUGGCAUAGCGGAUGCACAAUGCGUGAAUGGGCUGCUACACGUCACCGACGUGAAAUCAGAGAAUUACUCUAGCGAGAUGUUUGGCGAGGGGAACUACCAUGUCUAUGAUUUCAGCUUCUUCCACAUGAAUAUCCGCAACAACGCGUUGGCCAGAGUUCAGGCAUUCACAACACCCUGA